AAAAAGGAAGAAAAAACAGAGAGAGAGAGAGAGAGAGAGAGAGAGAGGAGAGAGAAGGGGAGAGAGAGAAGUGUACUGGUCAAGUUUCAUCUCUCUCCUGUCAGCAUAUUUUUACUGCAUUUGGUUCUUCUCUCUCUUCUCUAAAAACCUCACUCUUCAUCUGAAAGAAAGGGCGAGAGAUUUCCAGGGGAGAAAAAGAAAGAAGGAGAGAGGAAAAGGGAAGGAAAUUUCUGGGUUUUCCCCCCUUUGAAGCCUGAGAUAAUGCUGAGGAAGAGGAGUAGACCAGUUCAUAAAGAGCAGAGCAUGGGUCAUCUGAUGCUUGAUUCUGCAUCAGAUUCAAGUUUUUCAUCUGAUGCUUUUGUGCAGAAAAAUAAAACCACCUCAUUUUUCAGUGUUCCUGGCCUUUUUGUGGGGUUUAGUACCAAGGGUUUAUCGGAUUAUGAUUCUGCCAGGAGCCCCACUUCCCCUCUUGAUCACAAGGUUUUUGGUAAUCUCGUCAAUCCGCUGCGGUCGCCUAGGUCGGGCCCCGAUGGCGGGCUGCCUCAAAAGAGCUGGGAUUGUAGCCGAGUAGGUCUCGGCAUUGUUGAUUCUCUCAACGAUGAAACCAAACCUUGUGGUGCGAAGAUUUUAGGAUUUUCAGAGAGUCGGAAAAUACUGUUUGGAUCUCGGAUGAGGAUCAACAUCCCUUCUUGCAAUACCCACUUGCAGAAUUCACUUGAUUUUUCUGCAACCCCCAAAUCAUUGCCUAAGAACUACGCGAUUUCUCCACAGACCCUGAUUGAAUCUCCCCGUCCCCAAUUGAGUAGCUCAGAUAUGGUAUUCGGGUCCGGCGAAAUCCUGUUAGAGAACAAGGUGAUUGGUAAAAUUCGAUCCUGUUCAUCAGAUUCUGGUAGAUCACGAUCAUCCCUUACCGGCUUAAUGUAUUGUAGCCAAAAAUCUAAUUCUGAAGAAUUUUGGUUGGAUUCGAGAAACACCCAAGAUGAAUCUCUUCCAUCAGUUAAAGGUGGUCAGGAUUUCGGCAAUUUUUCUGGUGUGAAGUCGAAUUCCCUCCCGAUAUCUGUAGGGUCUAGCCAUGGAUUUCCAGGCUCUCUUUCUGCUAGUGAGAUUGAGCUUUCCGAGGAUUAUACUUGUGUCAUUUCACGAGGUCCAAAUCCUAGAACAACUCACAUUUACGGCAAUUGCAUUUUGGAGAGUCACCCAAUAGAGUUGGAUGAAUGUAAUAAGAAGGAAGGAUGGGGGAUUGGAUCUCUUGGCCCAGUUAAGUGCUCGGCUGAUCAAAUACCAUAUCCGUCGGAUGAUUUUUUGAGCUUUUGCUACUCUUGCAAAAAGAAAUUGGAAGAGGGGAAAGACAUAUACAUGUACAGAGGUGAGAAGGCAUUUUGCAGUAGCAGCUGCCGCUCUGAAGAGAUUUUGGUUGAAGAGGAAAUGGAAAAACCGGCUAUUAACUCUUCUUAUUCUCCCGAAUCAGUUUGCCAUGAGGACAUCUUCAUGGACGGUAUGGCUGUUGCUACGUAGCGUAGGCAAGCAGGAGGCUGGAUUGCUUUCUGGGCCCCAUUCAGCCAUGAUUAGUGAAACGCCAGCCUCCUGGGCCCCACUCAGCCAUGAUUAAUGAAAAGCUGCUGAGGUAAAUCGGCCUGAUCAUCUGUUUAAGGAGCUGUUUAUGUGAAUUAUUAGCAGCCAUGGAUGAUAGCCCUGUAUAUUCUUUUGUUUACUGAUUAUAAUUCCAGCUUUCAUGAUGAUGUUGGUGGGCCAUGGUUGGCAAUCAGCCUUCGUUCUUCCAUUAUUGGAAUAUGGAUAAGCUAUAGACUCCUAUCUUAUAAUUUUGAUCAGAAAGGGUUGUAGCCACUGUUCUGGCUCCCCACUUUUUCCCUUCUCCUCUUCUUUAGAGAUAAAUGUAUAAGCCUAUGAACUCAAUGAAUUCAUGAUCUAAUAUGAGCUACUUCUUAGAUAUAA